AUGAUUGACAUCUUUAUACUGAAGAUUGAAAAUCCAGACUGCUUUUGGGUUCACAUCAAAGGAGGUGGAAGAUUUUUAGAAAAUGAAACAGAUUAUAAAAAACUUCACAAAGAAAUGAAUCUGUUCUAUAACAAAUCAUGCAGAGGUGUGGAUGAAGUCAAGCCAUCUGUGUUAGAAGAAGGGCAGGUUUGUGUGGUUUAUUCCCAGGAGCUGAAAUCCUGGUGCAGGGCCAUUGUUAAGUCAAUUGUUUCAUGUACAGAUUGUUACCUCGUUGAGUGCUUCCUUGUAGACCAUGCCAAGAGUGUUCCUGUGAAAGCAGACAGGAUUUGUAUUGCCUUAGAAUCAUUUAUGAGACUGCCUUACAGGGCAAAGAAGUUUAGGCUGUACUGUACAAAACCAGUAACCCUGCGUGUUGACUACAGUAACAACAGUGCAGAGAUUGUCCCUGCUAACAGGUGGGAUGUUGCAGCUAUAAAAUACUUCCAAAAUCUCCUGAAUGAUGCUGCUGUUUCUGAUAAUGCUGAGAAAGUAAAACAUGAGAGUAUCCAGGAAACUGCCUCCCAUAAUGCAGUAACUGAGUCAAAUGUAGUGGUGACUGUUCCCCCUUUGGAAAAAGGCAUCACAGUUGCUGUGCAGGCAGACAGGAAGAAUAAAAGCACAUUGCAUCAGAAAAUUACUCAAAAGCAGAAUGAGAUAGAGAAGGGUCUUGAUAAGAAAGCCGUCUGUCUGAAGCUUCUACAGUUUUUAAACCCUGAUCCGUUGAAAGCUAGUGAAAGGCAUGACGAGAAAGAGGAGCUUCUUCGAGAUCAUGUCUUAGGUCCUAAUCAUAUACAGUCGUAUUCCUGGCCACCGAUAGCUCGUGGGUGUGAUUCAGUUAUCAUCUCUCCUGAAAAUGAUCCUCUUGUGUAUCUUCCACCACUCAUUACAUUCUUGCAAUCAAGAAGUUGCUAUGUGUCACUGCCGGCUAGGAAUGGUCCAGUAGCAUUAAUCAUAUGCCCUGGAUGGAAGAAAGCUGAACAAGUAUUUGAGUUACUAGAAAUCUACACCCGUUGUUCUAGGCCUCUUCACCCCCAAUUGCUUUUACUGGGAUUGAACAAAGAAGAAAUCAAGAGCAUGAGACUUCCAAGAGGAUGUGAGGUCAUUAUAACAACACCUCAUAAUGUUCUGCGGCUGCUCGAAUGCCACAGUUUACUGUUCCUCAAGCUUUGCCAUCUUGUGUUUGAUGAGGUUGAGGUGCUGUUUUCUGAAGCCAAUGAACAGAUGUUAAAUAUUUUAGAGUAUUACAAAAACCACCUCAGCAUUGAAGAGAGGGAAUCUGCACCACGGCAGAUAGUUGCUAUUGGAAGUCAUUGGAACAAAAACUUGGAAUGUUUAACCCAAGAGUUCAUGAAUGAUCCAUAUGUCGUGAUUACAUCCAUGGAAGAAGCGGCCAUAUAUGGGAAUGUACAACAGAUGGUACAGCUGUGCCUUGAGUGUGACAAAGUCUCUACAUUACUUCAAGUGCUGGAUUUUACUCCUACUAGUGCUCAGAAGACGUUGAUUUUCACCAGUUCUAAGGAAGAAACAGAUAUGGUUUUCAAGGUUUUGUCUCUGCAACAAGGAGAACCAAAGGCAAAAUCCAUCUUGUUGUUGACAGAAAAGACUGCAUGCCAUGCUGCUGGGGUGCUGCGUUAUUUAGAACGCACAAAUGCCAAAAUCCCACCCGAGUUGUAUGACUUUAUAGCUGGAGUGCUUGAAGCCAAAGAAGACAGUAAGAGUGGGCGGCCACUCUGUCACUACCUUAAAACAUUUGGCAUUUGCAAGGAUAAAAACCGCUGUCCAGAUCGACAUAGAAUUAAUUUGCAAAUAGAUUCGCCCCGAAAGGUGACGGAUGAAACUCUGCCUACUGCGGGAAAUGUCACGAUGCUACCACUUUUUAUUGUCGAUGCCACACGGUACUUUGGCCGCAUAGUAGGUAAACUAACGGAUCAGUAUACAACCCUUGCAGAAGAGCUGAAUGAGUAUUAUAAGAAAACUAGUAAUCUCAUCUCUGUUGACACUGUGGAGAAGCUGGCAGUGUGCGGAUUACAAGAAGAACAUUUUUUCCACAGGGUUCAAGUACUGGAAGUGGGAGCAAAAGAAGAAAACUGUGUGUUUUAUAGUGUUCAUAUCAGGUACAUAGAUGAAGGCCGAUCUGGUCAGGUCCAGAAUUAUCAGUUGCUUCACUUGCCAGAGAAGUUUCAAGCCUUACCCCCUCAGGCUGUGGAAUUUAUUGUUUGUCGGGUUAAACCUAUUGACAAAGAAACAGAGUGGCAUCCAAAGGUUACUAGAUACAUUCAUCAAAAGAUCAGAGGGAAACCACAUGAAGCAAAAAUAGUACUUACCUUGGAAAACACUAUUUGGGUGGAUCCAAUGGUCCGGGUCACUAGACUCUUAGAUCUGAAGACUUCUAUCAAUGAAUACAACGUUUGCUCUGAGAUACUCUCUACUGGAAUGGGAGUUGACAAUCCAGAGCACACACAAGAACUCCAGAAGUUGUUUCAAAAUGCUGCAAUGGCCCCUGUGAAAAAAGAUUUGCCUCCAUUCUUCUAUCCAAUAAUAAAAUGGUAUGACAAGCGGGACGUCACUGUUCUGAAGAUAAAAUUACAGGACGUCACCAACUAUGACUGCAGAUUUUUCACACAGAGGAUCGUUUUCAGCGCUUUUGCAGGAGGCAAAUCCUAUUUGGCCGACAUGGAGCUGCAGGGAAAUAUCCUCAAAGAGAAAUCUGCCUGCCUGCUUAAGAGUGGCGAGCCCAUGAUUAUCCUGGCAAAAGAGGAGGAGGAACCUUGGCGCAGUUUGCUAAAGCUCAAAAACCCUAAUGUGACGUAUGAUUUUGAUUACUUGGAAGACUCUGAACAAGAAAGCCCCUUUCCUGUUGGCACAGGUCCUAAGAAGGUGUAUCAGCUUGCUGCAGAGGAUGAAGAGGAAGAGGAUCAGUCGUCCAAAGACAGUGACACAGAGAGUGAUGAUUUGUCUGGCUAUUAAUUUAGGCUCAGAAUUAGAGAUUCAGAUUGUCUUUCAGUCUUCACUCACUGAAGACCCCAUAGAACCUUUCAGACUCAUGGUACUGUUUUCAUAAUGGUAGAAUUCUACCUGCAAUCCUUAGGCACACAUACUCAGGAAUAGAUACCAGUGAACCCCAUGGAAUGUAUGUCCAACUAAACACGCACAGGAUUGUCAUGUUAAACAUUUUGACUGUAAUCUUCAAAAUGUGGAUUCCAUGC